CGGAGUCGCCGAGGGGGGAGGGGGCGAGCACGGGGCCGACCGUUUCGUCGCCUCUUCCCCCCAGUGGACUGUGGACGUGUGCCGCGGUGGUCGUCGCCGGCCGCAAGAGGAGAGCGAUUCCACGCGGACUAGGUCUAUUAAUCGUCUCUGCUAGUAGUAGUAGUAUCGUUUGGGGGCGAUUGCUAGGUUGUUGGAGCAGGGUUGGGGUCGCUCGGUUCGCUUGGUCUCUCACUGACUCUCGCUCUCCGCCGAUUUUCUCCCGUACGGCCUUGGCCGGAAAAGGAAUUGUUUGCGGAGGCGGCGGCGUUGAUCCGGACAGCUUCGAUCGGAGGGGGGUGGAGGGAGGAGGGGUGGAGGCGAAGGCGGCGCGGAUGGAGGAGCUCUCGUCGGCGGUGGCGUUCGUGGAGGGCGGCGUCCAGGACGCCUGCGACGACGCCUGCAGUAUCUGCCUCGAGGCCUUCUCCGACAGCGACCCCUCCGCGGUGACCAGCUGCAAGCACGAGUUCCACCUCCAGUGCAUCCUUGAAUGGUGCCAGAGAAGUUCCCAGUGUCCCAUGUGUUGGCAGGCAAUCAGCAUGAAGGACCCUAUGAGCCAAGAGCUCCUUGAGGCUGUUGCGGAAGAGCGGAAUGUGCAAGAAAAUCCUGGGCGCACAACUACUAUUUUUCGCCAUCCACUGCUCGGAGAUUUUGAGGUACCCGCCGAUGCGGACGAUGCAGAAAUUGAAGAACGUAUCAUACAGCACUUGGCAGCUGCUGCUGCAAUACAUAGGUCACACCGCCAUGCCAGAAGAGAAGGUCGUCGCAGCAGAUCAGCAGCGCAUGGCCACCCACAAACUCUAUUCUUUUCAACUGCUGAGACCACUUCUGGUGGGUCUAUGUCAUCAAAUUCACGGCAAGAAGGGGUUCAUGAACAUGCUCCUGCUGUAAUUUCUGCUCGCCCAUUUCCUACCGUGGAUUCUACAGAAGAAACAGCUGCAGGCACAUCGGUGCCUGACACUAACUUGGCUAAUAAUGGUCCUGUUGUAUCAAAUAAUAGAGUUUCUAGGGACCAAUCUUCACCUGUCGGCCAAGAUGAAGCUGGACCAUCUGACGUGCAGUCAUUCUCAGACUCACUAAAAUCACACCUGCAAUCAGUUUCAACAAAGUACAAGGAUUCUAUAACGAAUAGUACACGCGGGUGGAAGGAAAGGUGGUUCACGCAGAAGAACACUAUAUCGAAUCUUGGUUCAGAGGUGAGGAGGGAGGUCAAUGCUGGAAUCGCUGCUGUAUCUCGCAUGAUGGAGCGACUGGAAAUACGGGAUGGAACAGGACCGUCUACUUCGGCAACCAAUGUUCAUCCUGCUUUAGAUACAAAUAAUCAAGGAGCUUCGCCCCCAAAAGUCACGACUGUUGGAAAUGAUGCCUCGUCUUCAGCAACUUGAAUGUCACAAAUCAGAUGUUCAGUGAGUUUACACUGCAUGUGGUUAUGAAGUGUGGUCUAGGACGAGAAUGUCGGUUGCGAAUAACAUCUCCUUCAGAAGUGCUGGUACUUCAGUUCUCCGUAUAUUCUGCAUCAAUAUGAAGGAUAUACAAUGCUUGGGGUUCCUUCUGAACACUCGCAUGCAACAUCUGCAAUAUUUGCAUGGAUGCAAUGAACUGGUUUGAAUAAUCUAUGUACAGAUGGUCAUGGAAGUGUAAAAGUGCAAUACCAUAUAUACCUCUGGUCUUGUUUCUUUCUGUAGAAUUCUAAGCCAAGUGCAUGUUGUAUUAUUUAUCCUCUUAAUAGAAUCCUAGAAUGAACAUGAACAGGGCAGUACUGAUUGUUAUUGGUGAGACUUUGCAUCCAUCCCACUUUUGAAUGUAUCAGCAUAACCCCCA